AUGGAGUCGCAUAUUCAUAUGCAUGAUGAUGCCCGCAAGUCACCAGCAAACAGGUUGAGGGGCAAAGUUGCUGUUAUAACUGGUGGAGCAAGAGGGAUUGGAGCAGCCACAGCAAUACUAUUUGCAGAAAAUGGGGCUAAUGUGGUGAUUGCUGAUAUCCUUGAUGACCUGGGAACCAGCCUAGCUUAUUCAAUAGGAGGCAAAUACAUCCACUGUGAUGUUUCUAAAGAAGAUGAUGUAGAAUCAGCUAUCAAUCUUGCACUGGCUUGGAAAGGCAAAUUGGACAUCAUGUUCAACAAUGCUGGUGUUUCAGGUCCUGAUGGGAGCAUCACCAAUCUUGACAUGGAGAAAACAAAGCAAGUCUUCUCAGUAAAUGUGAAUGGUAAUCUACACGGGAUCAAGCACGCGUCGAAGGUCAUGAUAGAAGGUCAAAACGGAGGCUGCAUCAUAUGCACGGCGAGCUCUGCAGCUGUAGUAGGAGGCCUGGGAUCACAUCCUUACACAUUGUCAAAAGGUGCCAUCAUUGGAUUGAUGAAGAGCACUGCCUGUGAAUUAGGAGUCCAUGGAAUUCGAGUCAACUGCAUUUCGCCACAUGGGGUCCCUUCGGAAAUGCUUGUUAGUGCAUACAGAAGGAUACUGGGGAAAGAGGACAUGCAGCCUGAAGAAGUGGGGAAGAUUAUUGGAGAAAGGGGAAGUCUUUUGCGGGGGAGAUAUGCUAGUGUAGAAGAUGUGGCUCAGGCUGCAUUGUUUCUGGCAAGUGAAGAAUCAGGAUUUAUAACAGCACACAAUCUUGUCAUUGAUGGAGGAUAUACAUCUGCUAAUAAUAACAUGGCUUUCAUUUAUCGGUUGUCAAAAUGA